UCGGUGACCUUCCCGAGUAGCUGGCUGUGCGGGUCGGGGCUGCCCGAGCCGUUGGUCCUGCGGCGAGAUGUUUCAGAGCCUGAUGAGAAAUGUGUGGGUCCCCAUGAAGCCCUACUACACUCAGGUGUACCAGGAGAUCUGGGCGGGCGUGGGGCUGAUGAGCCUCAUCAUCUACAAGAUCCGCAGUGCGGAUAAAAGAGCUAAAGCUCUGAAAGGUUCGAGUCCCGCGCCUGCUCAUGGUCAUCACUAGCAGCCGAGCCGAGGGCGCAGCGGGGAGCGUUGGCUGUUAGAUGGGGACGAAGGACAGUAUCUAGAAGUGCCGUGCCCUUGCUGGCAUGAAUAAACAUACCUUAGACACCAAAAAAAAAAAAAAAAAAAAAGAA